AUGAGUCACCCUCCCGCUCCCGAUACGACGUCACCUGCACUCUCCCUAGUCGGUACCACCCUGCCCGAGGACUUCGACCCGACUUCCUUCGACUCUGUGACCGUUGCGAGAGGAUGGUUCUCCAUGUUCCAAUCUGCCGUCGCCAACCAGAGUAUUCCUGGCGCAGUCAUGGGUCUCUUCAUACCCGAAGCCACCGGGAUCCAAGUCUGGUGGCGUGAUAUGCUCGCGCUGACCUGGGACUUCCGCACGUUUAUAGGACAUUCGAAGAUACGCAGAUUUGCAACAGAUCGGUUGUUUGGGCCAACAGCCCAGUUCGAGGUCGACCUUCACGAUCUUGAACUAGUUACAGCCGAAUCCGAUAGCGCACUCCCGCCCGCGUUCAUUCAACCAGAGCCUGAUUUUGCUUGGAUACAGCUCUUUUUCAGCUUCAAGACAAAGUCCGGAUUGGGAUCUGGCAUUGCUAGGAUUGUCCCGGUGGGUGUUACGGACGCCAAUGGUCUUCAAGAUGCGAAGAAUUGGAAGGCACACACCAUAUAUACCAACCUCGAAGCCCUCGCUGGACACCCUGAAGCAAUAGGACUGUUCCGGAAUCAGCAGCUCGAUCACGGCGAUUGGGAGCUCUCUCGACGCAAGGAAAUUGACUGCGAAGGAGAAGCGCAGAAACCCGUUGUCCUUAUUGUUGGCGCUGGACACAACGGGUUGGCCGUCGCAGCGCGUUUGAAGAUGCUCGGGAUGAAGUCGCUCAUUAUCGAGCAGAGUGAACGCGUCGGAGAUGGUUGGAGGAACCGUUACGGGGCGCUGUGCCUGCACCAACCAAUCUGGAACCAGGAUCUUCCUUAUCUUCCGUUUCCUCCCAAUUGGCCUCUGUAUGUUCCUGCAGCUAAAAUGUCCAAUUGGCUCGAGCAUUACGCUGAGAUCAUGGAGCUUAACGUCUGGUUGUCGUCCUCUAUUCGAGACAUCAGGCAGGACCCGGAUUCCCAAAAGUGGGAUGUGAGCAUCGUGAGGAAACUCAAAGGUGUGGACGGUACGGUCCUCGAGGAAACCCGCCGUUUUCACGCCGUCCAUCACCUCAUACUGGCGAUCGGGGAGGGUAAUGGGCUACCAGAGAUACCUCACAUUGAAGGACUGCACAAGUUCAAGGACAAUGGCGGCGUUGUCCUUCACUCCACCGAGUACAAGCGGGCGUCUGAGUAUGCGGGAAAGAGGGUGAUCGUCGUCGGAGCGUCCAGCUCAGCCCACGACAUCUGUGCCGAAUGCUAUCGUAAUAACAUCGAUGCAACCAUGAUUCAACGAUCCUCCACAUAUAUUAUGUCGAAAGAGAAUGGAUGGAAGGUUUAUUGGAGAGGACUCUAUUCCGAGAACUCUCGGGUCGGUGUUGUCGAUCGGGUUGUCGAAUCCCAUCCUUAUUGGUCUCGCUCACGACGGACUCAGAUGCAAACCCAAGAGAUCGCUGAACUCGACAAAUGCCUCCUUGCCCGCCUACACAAAGCUGGCUUUAAGACCAAUCUCGGUGUCCUAGAGGCAGGCUUUACUUACAUUAUCCCUACUGGCGGAGGAGCGUUGUAUCUCGAUUCCGGUGCAUGCAAUCUAAUCGCUGACGGAAAAAUCAAACUUAAAAGCGAUUCACAAAUCAAAGAGUUUACGGAACGCGGAUUAAUAUUCGAGGAUGGGUCAGAACUUGAAGGGGACGUUGUGGUGUUUGCAACAGGUCAUGGUAAUUCUCGCGAGCGCCUCAGGCACCUCCUCGGAGAUGAUUUGGCAGCGAGGUUUACCGGGCUCUGGGGACUCGACGAGGAGGGGGAAAUAAUUGGUGCAUGGAGGGAUGUGGGAAUAGAGAGGCUCUGGUGUAUGAGAGGCGGAUUCGUUUUCGGUCGUUUCUUUUCAAAGCACGUUGCUCUCCAGAUCAAAGCUCAAGAAGAGGGGCUGUUUGGUCAACGCUAUCGAGUUUGA